CCAAAAUCAAAACCUGUUCAUCUAUCUCUCCAGGUGCUUCUAAAAAACACUCUCAAGAGUCACACAAGAACCCAAAAAAAAUAAUAAAAAGAAGAUUCGAAAUUUAAGAUCGAAAUCGACAGUUUGGGUAUGCAUUAUCCUAACAACAGAACCGAAUUCGUCGGAGAUCCAGCCUCAACCCGGAUCCAUUACCAAAAGGAACAGCUGUCACCGGAGCAAGAGCUUUCAGUUAUAGUCUCCGCUUUGCAGCACGUCAUGUCAGGGGAAAACGAUACGACGCCGUUUCAUGGUUUUUCCGGGGACAGCACAGUGAUAAGCGCGGGAAUGCCUCGUUCUGAUUCCGACACUUGUCAAGUGUGUAGGAUCGAAGGAUGUCUCGGCUGCGACUACUUUUUCACGCCAAAUCAGAGGAUUGAAAAGAUUCAACAAGAGGAAGAGAUCACUAGCGGUAGUAGAAAAGGGAGCUCCGCGGCGGCGGCGGCGGCGGCAGCAAAGAAAUCGGAAGGCGGCGGGAAAAUCAGGAAGAGGAAGAACAAGAAGAAUGGUUUCAGAGGAGUUAGGCAGAGACCUUGGGGAAAAUUUGCAGCUGAGAUCAGGGAUCCUAAGAGAGCCACACGUGUUUGGCUUGGCACUUUCGAAACCGCUGAGGAUGCGGCUCGAGCUUAUGACAAAGCCGCCAUUGGAUUCCGUGGGCCAAGGGCUAAACUCAACUUCCCCUUUGCGGACUACACUUCUUCUGUUUCAUCUCCAGUUGCUGCUGAUGAUAUAGGAGCAAACGCGAGUGUAAGUGCGAGUGCGAGCGUGAGCGCCACGGAUUCUGUUGAAGCAGAGCAAUGGCGCGGAGGAGAAGGAGGGGAUUGUAAUAUGGAGGAAUGGAUGAAUAUGAUGAUGAUGAUGGAUUUUGGGAAUGGAGAUUCUUCGGAUUCAGGAAACACUAUUGCGGAUAUGUUCCAGUGAUAAGAGUGCCACUAGCUAGCUUGUUCAAAGUGAACCAAACAAAAUCAUUGGUUUGUUGUUAUAUGCCUUGUAGAUUCUUUGGACUAUAGUUGGGAAAAGGACAUGUAAUUAGUAGUCGCAAUUUUUGUGUGUUGUAGUCAAUUCUAUGUUUAUCUCACAACAACAAAAAAAACUGAGUUAAACUUA